AUGAAGUUCUCAGAGCUGAAACUCCAUGCGAUGAAUGCUGUGAAAUCGUACUUCAACAGGAACUGGGGAAGAGAAGACCUGAUGAAAUCUGGAAAAGUUAACCAGGAAACUCUCGAUAUCUUGAAUGCGGUGUAUUUUACUUUCUUCAAUGUCAUGUUUUGCUCUACUAUUGGAUCCUACUUGCACUUGUUCUGGGAAGUGGGAGGGCUGUUCACAGUCCUCUGUUCUGUAUCAAGUUUACUCUGGUUUUACUUUACACCACCAUGGAGACUGAAUCAAAGGCGCUCACUAUUGAUGAUUUAUGCCUUUUCCUUCGGGGCUUCUGUUGGCCUUCUUACCAAAUAUCUCUUCGAAAUGCAUCAAAACUUUGUUGCCAGCUUUUUUGCAGGUACAACAGUUGGCAUUGCAAUUUUCAUGUUUCAAGUCACAAUAACAAGGGAAAGGAGCCACAUCUACCACGGUGGCCUGCUUUAUUGUUGUCUUGUAAUGUUAGCAGUCUUGCUUGUGAUUGGCUGUUUUAUCCAUGACAGCUACACAGUCCAAGCCAUCCUAAAGGGAACCGCUGCGGUGAUAUUGUUCCUGGGGUACUUUGUGGUAUAUAGCCAAGAGAUACUGUAUGAUGUUAGCUUUGGAGAUAUUGACUUUAUCAAUCGCGCACUCACUGUCUUCUUCAAUUUACCGGCUAUAGUGCUCCAUGCUGCAAGAGUAUGCCUUCCCUUUGGUGCAAAAGUUGAUCAAAAUGCAGAUUAG